AUGGCAGCCCUCCGAUCACAACAUCGGCGACGGAUCGCUCUAAUCAUACUAGGAAUACUUGCCGUUUUCACCUGGACUUUCGCAGCGUCACGAUCGCAAAGUGCCAACAGAGCUACCAGCCAUGAACAAUUCUGGUCUGAGUUUUACCCUAUACUCAUGGCCUCAGAGCCCUACUCCAAUUCUCCAACAAGAGUCGCAAACGCCGAUUCUGUGGGAUUCGACCCCAAGAACACCGAUCCGCUACCUGACCUCCUGCGCCUCUCCAAAGAGGACGUCUACGCCAUGAGACUCUCACACAGCAAGUUCGUCGGCUUGAUUGAUCAAAUUCCACCGAGCCUACACUACCAACCACACACUCGCGGCCUUGUCUCGACAGCCGGCGGGUCUUACCUCCCCGUCCUCGUUAUCUCCCUGCGAAUGCUUCGCCGAAGUGGCUCGACGCUCCCGAUGGAAGUCUUCCUCGCCAGCUGGGAUGAGUACGAUGGUUAUGUGUGUCAAGUUGUACUUCCUUCUCUGAACGCGCAAUGUAUCGUUCUGUCCGAGAUUCUCGACGCCAUUCCCGACAGCAGGUCCAUCGAGAAAUAUCAAUACAAAGUCUUUGCCAUGAUGUUCUCCUCAUUCGAGGAGAUCCUCUUCCUAGACGCAGAUGCAUUUGCUCUUGAGGACCCGGAAGUGUUAUUUAGAUCUGAACCUUUUAUUUCAAAAGGUCUAGUCACCUGGCCGGACUUCUGGCGACCAACCACAUCACCACUAUACUACAAGAUUGUAUCACAGGAUGAAACCGCACCCGGCAAAAACAAAAAGCAGCGCCAACACCAACACCAACAAAAUCCCGCUACAAUUCGCCAAUCCACAGAAUCCGGCGAGCUUCUCCUCUCCAAACGAACCCACACACGCACCCUCCUCCUCGCCGCAUACUACAACUUCUACGGCCCCAGUCACUACUACCCUCUCCUUUCACAAGGCGCCGCCGGCGAAGGAGACAAGGAGACCUUCAUCGCAGCAGCAAUCGCCCUCAACGAGCCCUUCUACCAAGUCAGCGAGCCCAUCCGCGCAGUGGGUAGAGGAACGCCCGAUGGCUUUGCAGGGUCCACAAUGGUCCAAUACAAUCCAAUAGAAGAUUAUGCGUUGACCAAGAAAGGCGAGUGGCGCGUCCGGGGCGCAUCCGUACCAUCCCCACAUCCAUUCUUUGUCCAUGUCAACUUCCCCAAAUUCAAUCCGGCUACGGUGUUUCAUGAUAACGGGCCUGUCGUUGAUGAGCGAGGGAGGUAUACGCGGGCGUGGACGGCGCCGGAUGAUGUGGUGGAGGCAUUUGGGGGGAAGAAGACGGAGAAGGCGUAUUGGAAAGAAAUUUUGUGGACGGCGUGUGCGCUGGAGGGUAAGAGCAUUAGUUGGAAGGGGAGGGAUGAUAUUUGUUCCAAGACGGCGGAUUAUUGGAGUUCGGUUUUUGAGGGGAUGGAGGGGGUGGGUCUUGCUUAG